AUGCAUAACAUGUACGUGGUUGACCCGGAGACCAACACCUCAGCUCUACCCUACCGAACCCACAACGAGAAGCUGGAGAGGCUAUAUCGCCGUGCUUGCUGUGGAUCGGUUGCUGGCGUCCUCCUCUGGAUUGUCCUCUUGUUGGUUGCCAUCUUCGUCCCCAUCGGUGUGCUCGUUGCUACAGGUCAGUUGGGAUCCCACUCACCGCCACAGCUUCAGACUGCACCUCCGACCUUGACCUCAUGGGUAUUUCCAGCUACAGCAGCUUCGACUGCCGUGGUGGUUUCGAUCUUGCCGGGUAUGUCGACCACAACUGAGACGGUCGCGUCUAUUGUGGGGUCCUCUGCAACCAGCGCCGAGACAGUCACGUCAGUGGUAACCUCGAUCUCGGUGAGCAUUGUGACCUACUCAGGACCCUCGACGGCCACCACCAUGGAACCAGUCGCGACAACGGAGGUCCAAACUGUCACUGUGAUUCCAGUGGAGAUUACAACCCAAGGUGAGCGAUCGAUCAGUUUCACCACCAUAGAGGUCACAACCACGACGGUCCUCAAUCUUCCCACCGUCCACACCAUCGAACACACCGUCACCUCGACAGGGAGCUUCAUGGUCCAUGCGACAACGUUGUCCGCGACUGCGACCCAGCCUUUCGUAAACCCUCUGGUAGGAGUUACAGUCCUACCGAAGUUGACUCCAACUGUCAGCUUCGUCAGCCUUGUGACCAACUGA